AUGGAUCGUCUAUAUGGAACUCAUAAGCCAACAGGUUUAGUACAAAAAAGUAUUUUAGCUGUUGGUUCAGGUAUAAUGUCUAUAGCUGAUCCAUCACGUGAUGAUAUGAUAUCGAUAUUUGGUGAGACAACAGGUGGUUUAGCUUUAAAAUAUAUGCAAGAAAAAAUGGUUAUUGAUCCAGAAGGAGAUCGAAUACUUAAAGAACGACCAAUAAUAAAUUCUAAAACUGUAGAUUUAGAAUAUUUAAAAACACUUCCAAUUGGUACACUUGGUAAAACAUAUUCAAAUUUUUUAGGGAAAUAUAAUUUAACACCAGAUGCUCGUCGUCCUGUUUCAUUUAUUGAUGAUAGUGAAUUAGCUUAUAUAAUGCGUCGUUAUCGUGAAAUUCAUGAUUUAACUCAUGUAACACUUGGAAUGCCUAUUAAUAUGUUAGGUGAAGUUACAGUGAAAUGGUUUGAAGGUAUACAAUAUGGUUUACCAAUGUGUGUACUUGGUGCAUUUUUUGGACCGCUACGUUUAGGUCCAAAACAUACGGCGAAAUAUCUUCAUUUAACACUACCAUGGAUAGUACGCACAGCUCGUCAAUCACGUUCAUUUAUGAAUGUUUAUUUUGAAAAACAUUGGCAUAAAUCAUUAAAUGAAUUUCGUCGUGAACUUAAUAUAUUAGAACCUCCACCAAAAAUCUGA